AUGGACGCGGAGAAGAACAGCGCACUCUGCUUCAAACACUCCGCUGGAGUAAGCAAGCCUUCCGCAUUCGUCACCGUGCUUCGUGGCGUCCAGUACGUUGUGUCAAUCCUAGCUCUGGUAUUUGUGAGCUGCGCCAUUGACCGCAACAUUUUGGUGCCUGGUGUCACAUCGGAGGAGAAGAUUCUUGCUGUCUCGUCUGUGGCGGCCUGUGUCGUCAUCCUCUGCCACUUCGUCGGGCCGUAUCGCGCUCGCGUGGUCGUUAUCACCGAUGGACUGCUGGCCACUUUUCUGUUCGCGUCAUUUGUGUAUGGCGCAUAUAGUGCCGGACAGGAUCGAGGAGCUUGCUCUGGGCCGAGCAAGAUCGGCGUGUGGGACAACACUAGAGGUUGCACUCGCAUGAUAGUUGCGGCAGCCUUCACGGCAAUCAACUGUGCCGCUUUCCUGGCAUCGAGCGUACUGACGGCUUUUCUGUGA